GUUAAAAUUUGGUAAGCCAUGUUGUUUGGAAAAUUCCCGCCCGAAAUUUGCGCUGUUUUCCUCCUCACAAGGUGAAGUCAUGCAAUUUUGAAGAGGAAACGAUCAACAGACUGUUUGAAGUUGAGCGGCCAUGCGACAUGGCCGCUCAAAGUAGUUUUCGUGUUAUGCGUCAUAUUAGGUUGCCCCAAAAAUCUUUUUAAAAUACUUGCACACGCCUAAAACGUGCAUAUAUUGACGAAAGAAAGUUCUUUGAGGAAAGUGUUAUCGAAGUGAAGCUGUACCCAAGAGUAAAUGACUGACAAAAGAACAAAGCCCAAAAGAUAAGAAUUGAAAAAGAAACAUGAGCACAUCAGGUGGUGAACCUCGCACUUUACUUAAUGCCCUCAAACCAAUGUUAGGAUCUCUAGGAGACAUUAAGACACCACAAGAAGUUGUGCGUGUAGUAAGUUUAAUGCGAGAUGCAGAGAAGCUGAUGAGUCGUUGCAUUUACCUUAAUGUCCUGAAGGCUACAAUCUCAGCUGCCAAGGAAAAUGAAACAUCAAGUGAAACAUUAGAAAAGUUUAUGAGUAUAGGGGGCUGGAGUAUACUCAACAGAUGGCUUGUUGAGGCAAAGAAAAACGAAAAUUUUCCAGUCUUGGUUGAACUUCUUGAGGUCCUGAGAGAUCUCCCUGUAAAUAUAGACACAUUAAAACAAGGUAAUACAGGCAAAAUUAUCAAGCAUCUCACAAAAUUGGAGAAUCAAGAUGUCAAAAAACUUGCCUCAGUUAUUGUGAAGCAGUGGAUGAGUCUUGUUAGGAAUCAAACUGGAAUUUCAGUAGACAAGCCCAAGCAGAAUGGUUCAGCAGAUGGUGAGGAUGCUCUGCAAGGAUCUAAGCAGGCUUUAUCACUCCCAUCAACUGAAGGAAAGCCUGCCAAGAGACUGAGAGACAACAGCUCGACAGAUUCAAACAGGUCACCUCAAGCGGAGAAGAAAAUGAAAACCCUUAGUGAAGUUAAAAGUGAUGUCAAACAGAGUAUGGCACAGAAAAAUAUUUCUAAGACAAAAGUGAUCCCACCACAGGCUAAACCGGUAGCCAUGGAAAGUGCAGGGUUCAUGAACGCACUAACAUCUGCAGCAUCAGCUGCUCCUGUUGUGAGAAAGAGGAAACGUGUGUCCACAGCUGCAAAGACAGGGACAACUAACACCACAACAGCAACUUCUUCAUCUACAGCAACUGCCAAGCCAACAUAUACAGGCAUUCUUGAUGCCAUAUUGGAUAGUCAGUCACAGACACAUGGCCAAGAGGAUGGACGAGAGAAGGAAAAAGAGAGCAAGGAAAAAGAUGCUGACAGUGCAAGCAACAAGUCAGGUUCAUCUCCAAAUGGAUCACCAGACAAUACAUCAUUAGCUCCAAGUGGAGAUAUUGGAGACUUCACCAAAGGCUCUGAGCCAUCUGAAAAAGAGAAUUCUCCUAACUCAGCAUCACAGACUUCAACAGAUACAACCUCUGCAGCAGAUGACAAUUCAUUAGAAGAAAAACCAGCUAAGAAGUCAAAGAAGGGCAAAAAGGUUCAAUGGCCUGCUGAUGAUGCAAACCUUGCUACAUUCCACUUCUUUGAGAUGGAUGAAGAUGAAAGAGCGCUGGUGAGGCAUCCUGUGAACUUUCUGGAUGCAGCACAUAAUGAGAUGGUUCGAGAAAGACAGCUUGUGGAGCAAGCCAAACGGUUGAGUGAAGACAUUAUGGCAGAGAGAAUAAAGUGGUACAGACCUAAAGCCUUAACAGUAGAACAUCAAGCAGAGAGAGGAGCAAAAAGCACACAGAGACAAAUUCAGAAAACUAGAGAAGCGAGCAUACUUGCAGACAUCUUUCUAACCAAGUCAAGUCUUCCAGACAGCCCAGCUGAACCUGACCCAGAGAACCAGAAAGGAAGUCCUGAAGAACCCAGAGUUAUCCCACAUGAUGAGAAAGGAACCACUCAUGUUCCAGCGAAGACUGCAGUUGUACCAGCAGUUAGCAGCAGUGGUGUACAGCUGCCACCAGCCUUGAUGACCCUCUUGUCUUCAGCAACAUCUAAUACAGCUGGGUCGGCUCCCCAGGGGACUGCUGACAGGCCAGCUUAUACUGUUCAGACUCUGCUGGAUAAACUCUUGAAGCCCACUCAGCAGCCUGGUACACCCUCAAUGGGACCAAAUUCUCAGCCUCCACUUCAGAAUGAGCCAGGGAGUUCCUCCUUACCCAGCGCCCUCCAAAAUAUUCUGGAACCCCUACAGCAAAAUAAAAUGGGCCCUCCAAGAAUGCAAGGGCCUGGACCUGGACAUGGCAUGGGUCAAGGACCAGGAUUGCUUGGGGCUGCUCCUGGUGAUCCAAUGGGGAGCCUAAAUGUGUUCAGGCCACCUGGUCCUAUGGGUCCAAGGGGCGUGCAGGGCCCGCACCUAAGACAUGAUAUGCCUAUGCAUUUCCAGGGUCCAGGAGGGCCUAGGCAAGGACCUCCUAUUGGACCCCUCUUCCCAGGUCCCGAGGGCCCAAUGAUGGGUCCACGUAUGAGGGGACAUAUGCCACUGCGAAUGCAGGGUGGGCCAGGCGUUGGAAGAGGUAUGCCAACAGGUCCUCGACCUCUUCUUCCAGAGAUGGCCCAACGAGACGACUUCCUCGCAGAUCAAUUCGACGACGGAGGGGAGUAUGGGGACGAAGAUGAAGAGGGUGAACUGGGAGACAAUAUAAACAUGCGCGGCAGAGGUCGAGGAAUGCCGCGCGGUCGAGCGCGUGGAAGGGCCCGGGGCAGAGGAGCUCCCAUAUGUCGGCACUUUGUUUCAAAACGAGGCUGUCUCAGAGGAAGCACGUGUCAUUUUUUACAUCCAGGAAUAAAUGGACCCCCAGUUUGAGAAUAAAUUCUAGAACGUUUGAAGACAGUGGCAGUAAAUUCCAGGAAUGCGUGUUUUCGCUGUUAUCGUAUUUAGUAUCGCCGAAGUCACGUUUUCCAAUCGUCAAAUUAUCAUCUGCGCAAAUCACUUGAUUAUAUUUACUGGAAUUUACCGCUGUCUUUGUCUUCAAGCAACUAUAUUUUGCAACCAAAUAUUAUAAGAAGGAAAAAAUAGUAUAAAUAAAUCAAGGGCAAGGAGGAUAUUUCGUGGAAGUCAAGAAAGAGUUUCCCGCAGUAACAUUGGCAAGUUUCGAAACAGUUCGACUUAUAGUUCAUCUCUCAUGUACUGAGUGACCAACUAUCCUAUCACGCCUAAACACACUUUGACUCCAUAACUAAUUCUCUUUAGCAAAUUUAACUAGGGCACCACUUCUCUUAGGAAUCUUUUAUUGUCGGCAGUUCUCCAGUGGUCAGAAUUUUAGUGCAAUCCCGAUAUAACCAACAUUUAUAGGCCAACAACAACAAAAGAUUAUGGGCAAUAGAUGCGAGCUCGUCGUAUUCGAGCUUUUCCAUUUUCAGAAAAUUAGGUUACACUAUGUUGUUCAUUCGAAUUUUUAGAACCACCUCAGUGAGGAGGUGAAGAGAAACAUGGGCCUAGUGAUCUCAAUCGUCUCUUUUUUUCCUCGGAGUAAAUCUUAAUUCUACUCUUGGGAACGAAACGUAACUGUUUGCGUUAUAAGCAGUGACUCGGCUUAAUUCGUCGUAAAGUCGUGGUAUUUUCCAGUUUUUGUUCCUCUACAGUUUUUCGUUAUAUCGGGAUGAGCGCUGUCAAUGGAGUUGAUAUGAUGUUGCUGGCUCAGUCUCCAUUUAUACUGGUUCACUUGGUCUCAGUAUCGGCAGCUAAAUUCCUCUCAUCACUUUAAACACAAUGUCUACACCUGCUUGGGAGAAAUAGAAAUUUGGACUGACUUAAUUCACCGCGCACACUGGCCAUUUCAUUCCUCUCCUCGUCGUUGUCAUUUCUGUUAGGUACGGUACGAACCCGCGACAUAUUUUAUCUAAAGCGUUCCUUACUCGAUUUACCUUUGUACAAAUUGUAUAAAAUUUGGAAUACAUGUAUGUAAAAUACUAGGUAGAAACGAUUUUAAUAUUUGAAAAUAUUUUUGGACAAAACUAAAGAAUAAAUGCUCCUUAUUUUAGUCAGCCUGCAGACUUCUAUACGCGUAGUCUGUUGUGGACCUAACGUUUUCUCUUUUACGAUGAACAAUUGAAUUCCUCGAACAUUGAUGUGCACGGUAAGGGAAUCAGCAAUACAUUAGUUGUCCACUUGGUUGGCGUUUGCUUUCUAGCCUAGAUUUCUUUCGUCGCACGAGGAACUUUUCAGGUUCCAUUUGAUUACUCCAAAUUCGUUCCCCUCUCAAAAAUGCCUUGUCUUUUCCACUGAAGCUACUUCAUUGAGAAACGAGAAAGGUACCUUUAGGAAAUUUAUGAAUGGUGUUAGAAAGCAAUAGGAAACGGAGGUCUAAACAACCACGACGACGACCAUUUUAUUUUGCUUAAUACGUAGAAUAUCAUAACAAAAAAGUAAAUUAAAACAAGCCUAUACCCAGCAGGUAUGCUGCAUAUACCCACAGAUGUGGCUUGCUGCAUAACUUUGUGUUCAAGGCAUCUUUAGUCUUGACAGCAAUUUGAUCCAGUUGUUUAAUUGAAAAUCUUGACAUUGCAAGUUUUAGACUGUCUUCACAUGGAUGUUAUUAACUACAGAAAACACCCGCAUAUAAGAACCUGCUAUUUAGUUUCUUAAACACGGUCUUAUUUUCUCACGAAAAAAGUAUUUUUUUUGCUGGUAGAAGAGUGGUACCGACAAUUGUUUUGAUAAAUUGUGCCAAUAAUCAUGUCUAAAUUACUGCAAUGUAAACAAAUUUAAGAAAUACAAAACCUAAUUUAAGUUAUUUGAUUUACAAAUUAUAACUUUUCAGUGAGUUAUAAGGUAAGAACCUGUUUAAAAUUUCAGGCUCAAACAGGUUCUUACGUGAAGGGGACCUAAAUGGAAAUCUUAGACUAACAGGUUCUUCAAAAUUAGGUUCAUUAACGCGGGUUUUUUUACUGUACGGCAGUAUGUCAUCAGAGAGAGCUCCCUUAAUUGAUAUAUUGGAAACUUUCCAUGAUCUUCGCGGUAAUGAUAUUAAAUUGUAAUGGAAAGGGAACAAGCCGUCAUUGGAAACUGAGCAGGACUGUGACGAAACUUUACACAAGGGACACGAUAAAAUUGGCCAAUAAUAAUUUACCAAUAUAAAGUUCCAAUAUGGUAUAUAAGUAUGUAUUGUUACAAUGAAAUGUUGAACUAAGUGUGCAAGGCAUUUUGGGGCUGUGUUAUUGCCCGCUGUGCUGAAUAAGCGCCGAUGCCGUCUCGUGGUGUAACACUGAUCCAUCACUCCGCAUUCUUGUCAGCAUAUUUGUUCAAUUUAUUAUAGUUGUGAAUUCGUUUCACUUUUCACGAGUGUUGCCUUAACAGGUUAUAGAAACAGUGACGUUUUGUAAAGUAUGUCGCAUUAUUUCAUUUCAUUAUGUGAAAGGUCAUGCAUAUUCACUGUAAAAAGGAAAUUAUUGAAGUAACUGGUGUGCAAAAAUUAUAUUUAAUAUCAAGCAUAUGAUUUGAUGCAAGCUUUUCAUUAAAACUGAUUUGAUUGA